UCCCAACCAAUUGGUACAUAGUGUGCGUCGCAACAUACACGCAAAUAACGCAAUAAGUUGUCUCUCUUCAAAAGUUGGGGGAAAAUUCUCAGAGAAUCGAUAUGUCUAUGUAUAUUGAGACAUAUGACGCCGAUGUCGUCAGUGUUCACCCUGCUCCGUGUCCUAUCUGUGGACCUACAUCGAGAGAGCCUUACGAAUCAGAGCCGACUGUGGACCUCCUGGAAGACCAAUCUGCCACCCGAGGCUCGAGUGUGACCCUUGGCGUCAGCUACCACUCCACCUCGCCGGUCACCAUCACCUGGAGCGUAGAUGGCACCGUGAUUGCCAGGCAGGCCGACCGCAUCUCCCACGGUCAGACCCAGCUAACCAUCCGGCGCUUUGACAACAAGCACCACCGGAAGCGCUUCAGUGUGGAGGUUGUGGACCGGCGGGGCAGGAGACAGGGGACUAGUUGCAUUCUCACUAUGCGAUACUGUUAGGACAGCAUCCCU